AUGGCCUACAGACCUCCUCUCAAAGAUGGAGAACUCCCCCCCUGGCUGACGCGGCGUCAUCUGCCGCAGACGCACUACGUUUAUCACGGCACCUCAAGGGAGAGUGCCGCGGAGAUCAUGCAGAAGGGCUUCAUCGAGUCUCCUAUUGGUUUGCUGGGCAGAGGCAUCUACGGCGCCCACGACCGCGCAGAGGUGAAAAUCACCCCGGUGAAUGACCUCACCUGGAGAUCAGACUAUGAUGCAGUCUACAGCAUUGCAGCUAAUAUACACGAGAUGUGCUUCAAGGAGGAGGUGGUGCAAUCCGUGAGCAUCUCCACGGACUCGGGAAGGGAGUGGCUAGCAGUGCGGGACAGCGAACGCCUGAUCUGGAAUCAGAAAAGUCAUUUGGUGCUGGAAAGAGAAGAACCGAGCGCAGCACCGAUCUUUUCUCCUCAGCGCAGUCACACAGUGCAAAACAGCACAAAAAGGCCGAAGACACCUCCCCCGACGCCUCCUGUGAGGUGCAGACAAAUCCACUUCGCUUGGCUCUGGCGCAUACUUUUCACUUGCGGUGUCCUCUGGCUGUUGCAGCCAUAUCACCAAGCCGCUGAGUUUGCACACAUCACGCUUGACUUCUUAAACGGAACUUCUUUUGACUUGCUCGAAUAUCUCUAUGUGAUACUUGCCUCGGUCUUUGACAAGCUCGGCACAGCUUCCAACGCAGGUUGCCUGACGCUUUGCAAAACCGCUAGCUUGGCAAUGGCCAACUUGCCUUCGCGCGACGAAGCGGCUGAGAUCUUGGACAUUGUUGCAGGCACUAUGAACAGAGUGCGCCUUGCCUGGUUCGAAGGUGGCUAUGUCCUUGCUGUAAUAUUCGACGAACUUGGCAUAGCAGGCAAUGCAGGAUGUGUCGCAUUGUGCAAGGCUGCCAACUUUGCAAUUGCAGGUUUGUUUUCGCACGAUCAAGCCCUUGACUUCUGGCCGGAUCGCCUGUAUCUGAUACUUAGUGUGUCGUUUGACGAGGUGGGCCUAGCGGCCAAUGCAGGAUGUGUCGCAUUGCGCAAGGCUGCCAACUUUGCAAUUGCAGGUUUGCCUUUUUUACCGGAUCGCCUGUAUCUGAUACUUAGUGUGUCGUUUGACGAGGUGGGCCUAGCGGCCAAUGCAGGAUGUGUCGCAUUGUGCAAGGCAGCCAACUUUGCAAUUGCAGGUUUGCCUUCGCACGAUCAAGCCCUUGACUUCUGGGUCAUGACUGUGGAAUGUUUGAGCAUGCUGGGCAAGGCAUUACUGGAUCGCCUGUAUCUGACACUUAGUGUGUCGUUUGACAAGGUGGGCAUUGCGGCCAACGCAGGAUGUGUAGCAUUGUGCAAGGCUGCCAACUUUGCAAUUGCAGGUUUGCCUUCGCGCGAUCAAGCCCUUGACUUCUGGGUCAUGACUGUGGAAUGUUCGAGAAGGCUGGGCAAGGCUUUACUGGAUCGCCUGCAUCCGAUACUUAGUGUGUCGUUUGACAAGGUGGGCAUAGCGGCCAAUGCAGGAUGCGUCGCAUUGUGCAAGGCAGCCAACUUUGCACUUGCACUGCCUUCACAGCCUCAUGCCAUUGAGCUUUGCGACUUGACUGCGUACUUCUUGAGCCGCUUGCUUGACAGUUUCUAUUGGAUCCUUGCUUCGGCUUUCGACGCUGGGGGCAAAGCAGCCAAUGCAGCAGUUGUUUCACUUUGUAUGACUCUUCACUCGCUUGUACGAAGCUUUCGAUACAAGUGA